ACAGAGUUAAGCUCAGCAGGCGCCAGGAGAACAGAGUGGAGAGAAGCUCCCAGCCUUAGGGAUAACCAAGCAGCAUUGGGCAUCCAGGGAGACGAAUCUCUGCUACCCUAAGCAAGACCUGACUCUCGUCCCCAGUGGCUGCUCACGUCUGCAGCUGGGGAACAAACGGGGAAUUUAGAAUUUGGUGUGCCAGGACAGUUAUCUCCAUCAACAGGUUAGCUACAAACUCUGUCCCCUCCCACCUGAGGGCCUUAAUGUCCUCUGAGGAUGGCUGCUGACAGACUGGAAUACAAACUCUCCAGUGGGCAACCAACAAUGCUUUAAGGAUCCUUCUUCUGUGAGUGUUUAAAACAUCGAGAAGUUUUCAAGCAUACUGCUGCAAAGCUGAAUUUAUGACAGUGUAUCUUGGAUUUUUUGGACUAUUUUGGUUUAACUGCUGCACAGGCAGCAAAGCUGAUAUCCAGACAGUUCCCUCUAAUGCCAGGUGUGCAUGAAAGGUGUUUGUGCGAACAUGCACUCGAAGCACUGUGUGUUUAUUAGUGCUUAAAACUCAACAGCAAAUCGGCUGCGUUAGAGUGCGUCUCCUGGGAUCCGCCGAGGCCCCUGUUUACUUGGAGUGUGAGAGGGAGAUUCUAUUUAUGUGUAUGAAACAAGUCAGAAUUGCUUGAAGAGUGUGUGUUUGUGUGUGUGUGUGUGUGUGUGUGUGUGUGAGGCGGUGGGGCCCUGUGGAGGUCGGAGCCCUGGAUUUCCUGGAGAUGGAGGGUCAUUGUUAUGACCGGUUUGGAGAUGGGGAGAGGGACAAUUACCAAAUAGACUACCGAAGGAUUGUAGGAGACAUGGAACCAGCAAGGCCACGCAUCUCAAACAGAGAUGGGGAACAGCCUCACCCCUACGGAGCCUUUGCACACCCAACGCCACAUGGACACGGGCAUGAGACUGCUGCUCAGCGAUACAGCGCCACACGUAUCCAAGCUGGAUAUGAACCAGAGAGCAUGGCUGACUACUUGAUCAGUGGAGGGACAGGUUACGUUCCUGAGGAUGGACUCACAGCUCAACAACUUUUUGCUAUCGGUGAUGGACUGACAUACAAUGACUUCUUGAUCCUCCCUGGUUUCAUAGAUUUCACUUCUGAUGAGGUGGAUCUAACCUCUGCACUGACAAGAAAGAUUACCCUGAAGACACCUCUUAUUUCAUCUCCUAUGGAUACAGUCACGGAGUCAUCCAUGGCCAUCGCCAUGGCACUAAUGGGAGGAAUUGGAAUAAUUCAUCAUAACUGCACUGCUGAGUUCCAGGCCAAUGAAGUGCGUAAAGUCAAGAAAUUUGAGCAGGGCUUCAUCACAGACCCAGUGGUAAUGAGUCCCCAUCAAACAGUAGGGGACGUGUUUGAGGCCAAGAUACGUCAUGGUUUCUCUGGGAUCCCAGUUACAGAGACGGGCAAAAUGGGCAGCAAACUCGUCGGCAUAGUCACCUCCAGAGAUAUAGAUUUUCUUUCUGAGAAGGACCAUGACAGACCUCUGGAAGAGGCAAUGACAAAAAGGGAAGAUCUAGUUGUUGCACCAGCUGGAGUCACACUGAAAGAGGCUAAUGAUAUACUUCAGCGUAGCAAAAAAGGUAAGCUUCCCAUAGUAAAUGACAGUGAUGAGCUGGUAGCCAUUAUUGCUAGGACUGACUUGAAGAAGAACAGAGAUUAUCCUCUGGCUUCUAAGGACUCCCGUAAACAGCUUCUGUGUGGAGCUGCCAUCGGUACUAGGGAGGACGACAAAUACAGACUGGACCUCCUCAUGCAGGCAGGGGUGGAUGUGGUUGUCCUGGACUCAUCCCAAGGAAACUCCGUGUAUCAAAUCAACAUGAUAAACUACAUUAAACAGAAAUAUCCUGAACUACAGGUGGUUGGGGGAAAUGUGGUGACGGCUGCUCAGGCUAAAAACCUCAUAGAUGCUGGUGUGGAUGCCCUGAGGGUCGGCAUGGGGUGUGGCUCUAUCUGUAUCACCCAGGAAGUAAUGGCAUGUGGACGGCCCCAGGGUACAUCAGUCUACAAGGUUGCAGAAUAUGCCAGACGUUUUGGCGUGCCGGUAAUCGCUGAUGGAGGCAUUCAAACUGUUGGGCAUGUGGUAAAGGCUCUGGCCCUGGGAGCAUCUACAGUGAUGAUGGGAUCAUUGCUUGCAGCAACCACUGAAGCUCCAGGAGAAUAUUUCUUUUCAGAUGGUGUGCGUCUGAAAAAGUACAGAGGAAUGGGCUCCUUGGAUGCCAUGGAGAAAAAUAACAGUCAGAAGCGUUACUUUAGUGAAGGAGAUAAGGUGAAGGUGGCUCAAGGUGUCUCAGGAUCAGUACAAGAUAAAGGCUCCAUCCAUAAGUUUGUUCCUUACCUAAUCGCUGGUAUCCAACAUGGCUGUCAGGACAUAGGAGCCAAGAGUUUGUCCAUUUUACGGUCGAUGAUGUACUCUGGUGAGUUGAAGUUUGAGAAGAGAACCAUGUCUGCUCAGAUGGAGGGGGGAGUCCACGGCCUCCAUUCAUAUUCUUUUGUGCCAUUUACGAGAAGCGGCUCUACUGAGGCAGGAGGAAGAGGAAGCACUCGUUCGGGACCUAAUGUCCCGGCUCCAGCAGCUGUGAGCAGACGGACCGGGCGCAUGUGAUCAAACUACAAAACACAAAGUCGUCGUGGCAUCUACGCAUCAACACCCUGAAAUCUAACAGUACCUUUUUGUGACCUCCACUUUUCCUUUUGUUUGUCCAAUCUUUGACUCCAUCAAAGACAGACAAAACAGCUCUGAAAAAGCCAAAGAGGUCAGGGUCUAAGGGCAGCAUUAAAGAGGACGGUCAUAUUCAUG